AUGGCCGCCCCGGCUGCCACGUCGGCCAACGCGCCAAAGGAGACGGUGUACGUCAACAACCUGUCGGAGAAGGUCAACCAGGAGGAGAUGAAGAAGUCGCUCUACGCCGUCUUCGCGCCCUUUGGCCCGAUCAUCGACAUUGUGCACUUCAAGAGCAACAAGAUGCGAGGGCAGGCGUUCGUCGUCUUCCGCGACGUGCCCGCCGCUUCGAGCGCGGUCCGCCAGAUGCAGGGCUUCCCCUUUUACGACAAGCCCAUGAAGCUCGACUAUGCAAAGGCCAAGUCGGACGCGACGGCGCGCGCGCCCGGCAGCCCUUGCGCCCGCGAAGCUGGCGACGCCCCCCCCUCCCGCCCCCCCUUUCGAGCUCCGCCCCCAAGGGCGGAGCGCGAGGAGCGCAAGGCGGGCGCCAAGAAGGAGAAGGCGGCCGCGCCAAAGGCGCCUCGCGAGGAGGCCGCGGACGCCGAGAUGGCGGCGCCCGCCGCGCCGGCGGCGCCCGCCGCGCCCGCCGCGCCCGCCGCCAACCUGCCGAACCCGAUCCUGUUCGUGGAGGACCUGCCAGACCAGGUCAACGAGAUGAUGCUCUCGAUGCUCUUCUCGCAGUUCCCCGGCUUCAAGGAGGCGCGCGCGGAGCACUCGCCGCCUCGCCCCCGCGCGGCCCGCCCCCUCCCCGCGGGGAUUGCCUUCGUCGAGUUCGAGUCGGAGAUGCAGUCGGGCGUCGCGAUGGGCGGACUGCAGGGCUUCAAGAUCACGCCAACCAACCUGAUGAAGAUCACGUACGCCAGGCGGUGA